AUGGCUGAAACAGCGAAGGAAUGGGCUAAUCGAAGCUUCGACGAGCGGGUGGUCAGCAACCGGUGGCUCCUAGGGGUCAAAAGGGACUUGCUGGUGGUUGGUAUGGGUGGAGGUAGGAUUGAAAUGGGGAGAAAAUGGCUGAAAGUCACAAAACAGGUGAAACAGUGCAGUCAUUGGAGAAAUAUGAACGGUGGACUGUUGCCGGGUGAAUUUGCAUCUUUUAUCGAGCCUCUCUUUCGGAAAGUGGUAUGCUAUGCCUCUCAGUCUCUAGCUGUGUUGCUUGAGAAGGACUCAAGUCCGGUUAGUGAGGAAGUGGAACGUGUGAUCUCCAGCUUUCAUGAUCCACCGUUAAGAGCACCGUCUAAUCCUGUUGGAACUUCUGAAGAAAGCAGUUUGCGACUGCAGUUCGUUACCAAAUUGCCGACAACCAUCUUCGCUGACAGUCAGAUAGAAGCUGAGGAUGGUACUCCUCUGAGGAUCGAAGUAGUAGAUGGCAGGACCAAUGAGAGGGUUACAAGUGGCCCUCUAUCUUCCAUAAAGCUCCAAAUUGUCAUCCUUGACGGCGAUUUCGGAUCGGACGAGGGAGAGGAUUGGACUGAGCAGGAAUUCAAUAGCAAUAUCGUUCAUGAAAGGGAAGGGAAAAGGCCAUUGAUUACCGGGGUGCUGAAUGUGACCUUGCAAGGAGGAAUUGGUUCCCUGCGUAAUUUAAUCAUCACCGACAACUCAAGCUGGAUGAAAAGUCGGAAAUUCAGGUUAGGAGCUCAAGCUGCUCAAAAGGUUUCUACAGAAAUGAGAAUAAGGGAAGCAAGAAGUGAACCUUUUGUUGUUAAAGAUCGUCGAGCAGAGUACUUAAAGAUUGACAAGUUUUCUCUGUUAAGCGCAGUGAACAAGAAGCACCACCCUCCAUCUCUGAGUGAUGAAGUAUGGCGUUUGCAGAAAAUAGCCAAACACGGCCCUCUACAUAAGUGCAUGAGUUCAAGAAGUAUCAACACUGUUCAAGAUUUCCUCCAGUUGCACGAAGUUGAUGCAUCCUCUCUGAGAAACAUACUUGGCACUAGGAUCACCAAUCGGACAUGGGAGACUAUUGUCAGACACGCCAGCACCUGUGUGGUUGAUGAUAACAAGAUGUACGCUUACUACCAAGAUUUGAACAAGUCCAGCAUACUGUUCAAUUCGGUAAUGAAAGUUACUCAAGCAACACUUGAUGGCCAAACUUACCAGUCGGUAGACAAACUGACCCACUCUCAGAAGAUUCUGGUGCAGAACUUAAGAAGGCAAGCUUACCAUAGCAAGAAUCAAUGGGUGCCGCUUGAUUCCCUCCCCAGCAUCACUCCUUCGAGAGCCCUGGCCAACUUGCCUAUAGAGCCGUUAAUUGGCCCGAACCCGCCUCUUCAUCAUCCAGAUUACACAGUGCUAAACCAAGAUAGACCCGAAGUGACUCCCGAAUGUAAUUACUCCCAGGCUUCAACACCGCACUGCUACAAUGUCACAGGGAAGAGAAAAUUAGAUUGUCUGGGGCUAGAGAGUCAUAUCAUUGCAAAAAUCUUGGAUCCGACCGCGGCAAAGAGCUCGGCGAGGCAGGAUGUUUCGUCCGGUUGUAGUGCUGGCAAAAGCAGUCAUCAUCCUGGUUACUCUCAAGGACCGUUUGCCCUGGAAUUUCAUUCAUCUCCUGAGGACCUCUACCAAGUGCCAUCUCUGAUCCCUGGCAAUUUCUGUUGA